AUAAACGAAAGGACCCUAUCGGUGGUAUGUGCGCGUCGAAGGAGAGCGGACGUUACUCCGCAAUCCUACGCACACCAUAAAUUGAAUCGGCCGUAAUCAAAUAAGGCUCCGUUGUCGUCAGCUGAUCGGAGCGCGCGGCACGUAGCGACUGCGCGCUUCGCUUGUUAAAGGCACUACACACUACACAACACACAACGGAUGAGUUAACAACCACCACCACUAUUCUCCUCAGUGCCGUCCUCAGUUCCUCCGGCUGUUUACUCGUCGUAAAUCCGUGCGUUGACCGAUCGUAAUAACAGUAUUCGCGAGUCAGUGCACUCGCGACUCGCGGCUCGUAAAACCCAUAUAGAAAUAUUUUUUUAGAAGAUUGAAAUCAGGUAUUCUCUCGAUUAUCCCCCCGCAAAAUGGAAAAGGAGCGCUAGACGAGGACGACCUUACAGAAAGAGAGAGAGAGAGAGAGGGGGGACGCUUGUGAGAAGCACCUGUCAACGAGAGACGCUUCUUCAGGAAUAAUGCCACGAUGUCACACUACAGUAGAAACACCUACAAUCAAAGGACUGCGGUGAUUGACCAUGAAAGACAAUUUCAAGAAGAUCUGGAACGGGCCCAAGCCCUCAGUUUGGAAAGCUUGGCUUUAGAGAAAUUUAGAUUGGAAAAGUUACGCUCGGAGUUCAGUAAUGUGGAGCAAUCUAAAUGCUUUACGCAGAAUAAUGUGUGUAAUACAAAUAGUGCAACGUCAGAGACAGACAGUUCGCAGGGAGAAAGUUCCCAAUGCAGAAGUCGACCAAGACCCGGAUCCAUUAAUACAAAUCAAAAGAAUACUGUAAUAUUAGCACCACCGCCUCCAAUACCAUGUAGAAGAAAUUCAACAGCCACUGCUGCAAGUCAGGGUUCUUCUAAUGACUUAAUCAAUUUUACAAGCCCCGUGAAACAGGAUAAUCUAGCUGAAUAUUGCUCAGCACCACCUCCCCCACCACCAAAAGCACCAAUAGAACCGAACUGGGAUACACAUCCGACAGUAUUGAAGAAACAAUCGAGAGUGUCUCGAAGUCCGCGAUCUUCCACAGCACCAUGUACACCAGGGACACCGGGAAUUAGUCCCAUCAUGUCAAGAGCUAAUAGUGUUAGCAACAAUGUACCUGAUAUUGCACCACAGAUUCCUCCAUUGCCUACAAAUUAUAGACCAACCGUUGCACCUGCUAUGUGUGCCCCGUCAAUACCGGCAUUCUGUAUGGACGAUGAACAAUUGAACGUGUUAAAAGUGAUAGAGAAGAAACCAAAUAGCAAUCUUAUAGAUUUGAAUAAUUUUGAGCAAACAGAGGACAAAACAAAUGUGCGAGUUAGCGUGUUGGAAGCAUUCGAUCCAUUACUUAUUAAAACUGACAGUGGAAAUGAUUCUGUGCAAGAAUAUAGAGACGAUUUGCAAUCACAAGUUAGUGGCAGUGUAUACGAUCCAUUCGAUCCAUUUGAUUAUAUGUACAGCACAAACGAAAGCGUCAACUCGGAUCCAGUUUACGCUGCUGUGGAAAAAUCUGCAAAAUCGCCGGCUAUGUCACCAGCUGCACCACCUCCACUGCCUCCUCGCAAUUCGUCCGCAUGGAAUACCAUAGAAAGGCGAAAAACUUCUUUAGAUCGUCGACAAAAACGUCAAACGCGAUUGUACGAAAAUGUAACUGUCAUAAAAACCAGAUCAUCUCUUCAUGAUUGCGAUUUGAAGGCAUUUCAUAAGAUAAUAAAGUCUAUACGAAGCGAGUUUCCAUUUAAUGAUCCUAAUACAAAUAUUGGGUACGUUGUCAGCCCAAUAAUGGAGAAUUUAUAUCCGGAUGGCACAAGUAUAAAAUUAGUAGUUCAUCCACAAUUAGCCAAUAAUGAUAAAGAUCCUGCACCAUCUAUUUCUUUUACUUGCAAUGUGAAUUGUAGCGUUGAGCACGUUAUCUUGAAUGUCGCCUGUUCCUUAGAAGAUGAGGAUACAGUAAAUGCAGAAAAAUAUUGUUUAAGAGUAUGGGGUUUAGCUGAAUACUUUGCACCUAAUACGACCUUAGCACAAUAUGAAUACAUACAUCAAUGUAUUAAGUUGGAAAAAGAUAUUGAAUUAGCUAUAAUGAGCAGAGCACAAAUUAAACAAUCAAUUGCUCGAACACUACAAGAUGAUAAUUGCGAUCAAUAUUUAAGAUUAGAAGAUAUUCUACCAAAUGAACCUUUGCAGCCUAUUUCAUAUGAUACAUUAAUUAUUUUACUAGAGACAGUGGAGAAAGAAAUGGAACGUGUAGAGAAUGCUGCGUUACAAUUGGUAAACACAAAUCAGGGUUCUGUUUUACUACCUCAACUUCAACCACACUGUGUGGUGCAAGCAGUAAAAGCGGUGUGUGCCUUAAUGGGAAGCAUCGAGACUUUCGAGAUCACGGAGGCUAUUGACAAUUUCGUAAAUGCUUGCUGCCAAUUUUUACCGCAAUGUCACACAGCCAAUAUAGAAUGUAAAAAGCCCGAAAUCAUACAUGAAGAUGGCGAUUACGCUGUGGUUACCUUGAGAAAAAAGUUUCCCGAUGUAAUUUCCUCGCAUUGUCAUAAAAUUCGCGAUGCCGUUCAAGAACUCGUCGAGACGUACUGUCACGCAUUCAGAGUUGAUUUUCAAUUAAAUAGCAAAGGAGAAUUUCCGACAAAUACACUAAUUUCAUCGGAAGUAAUCGAUACUAUUCUGGUACGCGUCGGAGCUCUACAUAGACUGCCAACCACAUGGAAACAUGACGAUUAUAUAGUAGCAGCUCAAAUCUUUCAUGGAACCAGACCGGUAGGAAAUCCAGUCUUGUCAGAACCAAUGACGGUCAGCACGAAUUUCUAUCCAAGAGUUUUAUUUAAUUCAUGGUUGGAAUUUCGCGGAAUAAGCGUUUGUCAAGUACCAAGGGAAGCCAGACUUGUGCUAGUUCUUUACGGCCGUACUUUACAACCAACCGAGCAUGAAUCAAAUUCGUCAGCGGAGAAUUCAAUGCAGAAGGAAGAACUCGGAUGGGGUGCUAUACAAUUCUUUGAUUAUGACGGUGUUAUGAGCCAAGGAAAUUUUUUUCUGUCCCUUUGGCCAGCCAUCGCAGACAAAAGAUUAGGUCCAGCGCCGGCGCCUGGAAUUCAUCCGCGUGGUGAUACUCACCCCAUUAUAGGCUUAGAAUUGCCUGAUUAUGGAGGAAGAGUGUUAUUCCCCACAGAGUUGAGAGAUUACGAUGUAGAAUCGCUAGAUUUUAAUUCGUUAGAUCAAAAUACACAAGAACUAUUGAUAGAUAUUACACAGCAGGAUACAUUCUCUAGACCGCCCAUUGACGAAAGGGAAAUUUUAUGGGAAAAAAGACAUUACUUGCACGACAGACCUGAAGCUUUACCUAAAGUAUUAUUAGCCGCGCAUAGUUGGGAUUGGGCGUGCUUGCCGGAUUUACACGCUUCGCUCAGAGUUUGGAGCUCGCUACCUCCGAUACAAGCUUUACAAUUACUUUUACCGUGUUUCCCAGAUAUGAAAGUCAGAGAAAUGGCAGUUGGAUGGAUUCGCGAGUUAAGUAAUGACGAACUUAUCGAUUACUUGCCACAACUACUUCAAGCAAUGAAACACGAGACGUACGAAGCUUCACCUCUGACUCGAUUCUUAUUAGAACGUGCCUUAUUUUCACCGAGGGUGGCCCAUCACAUUUACUGGUUGCUAACUCAAGCGCUGCCGGGACAGAGUCCCCAGAAUUCUGCUGAAAUUGCUGCAGAAGAUGACAAAGCCAUUAGUUGUGCUCGUUAUCAACGAAGAUUGCAAUUAAUGUUAAGAGCAUUACUGGCAGUUAUUGGAGAUGCGCUGAGAAAUAGUUUCCUGACCCAACAAUUGCUAGUUAAAAAUCUGUAUGAAAUAGCUGAAAAUAUCAAAGUUACGAAGGAAUCGUUACGAAUGGAGACACUUAAAACUGGUUUACAAAAUAUACACUGCCAGUUAAUGGAGGAUGACGGCACGUGUUUACCACUAUCUCCUAGUAAACUAGUAUUUGGUAUCAACGUACAGACGUGCGCCUAUUUUCCGUCGUUCACUCUCCCGUUGAAAAUUAACUUUAUUAGUUGCGACAAUGUGAUAAGUCCGGCAAUCUUCAAGGUCGGCGAUGAUUUACAGCAAGAUAUGUUGACUCUCCAAAUGGUACGCAUUAUGGACAAGUUGUGGUUAAAGGAAGGUCUUGAUUUGAAAAUUGUCACCUUUGCCUGCGUGCCCACCGGCCACAAACGAGGAAUGAUAGAGAUGGUAACGGAUGCAGAAACAUUACGGAAGAUCCAAGUUGAAUUUGGGCUAACCGGACCGUUUAAGGAUCGACCGAUCGCAGAAUGGCUAGCGAAGCAUAAUCCCUCUGAGUUGGAAUACGAGAGGGCGGUAGAAAAUUUCACCGCGUCUUGUGCCGGUUACAGCGUCGCUACUUAUAUCUUGGGAAUUUGUGAUAGGCAUAAUGAUAAUAUUAUGCUAAAAACAUCUGGUCAUUUGUUUCAUAUCGACUUUGGAAAAUUCCUUGGCGAUGCGCAAAUGUUUGGAAACUUUAAGAGAGACCGAACGCCGUUUGUGCUGACAUCAGAUAUGGUAUAUGUUAUAAACGGUGGCGAUAAACCCUCGGCGAAAUUUCACCAUUUCGUGGAUUUAUGCUGCCAAGCUUUUAAUGUAGUGCGGAAACAUGGAAAUCUGAUUCUUCAUCUUUUUGGACUGGUAUGUUUUAUAUAA